AAAUUGCUGAUUGCAGACAUAUUUUCGGAUUUACUGGCUUUUGCAACCCUGUCUGAAAGUUUGGAAAUUUUUACCUGGCAUCUCUGAUUUCAUCUGACUCUGUCGUGUUUCUUGUCAUCUAACUGCUUUCGAUAAUAGGAUAGCGAUACCUUAGAGGAUCGUUCGAUUCCGCUCUACGCCGUGAUUAACAACAGCAGAACGGCAGUAAGUACCUUCCAGCUCAGCACCUAUUAAAGAAUACAGACUCGUGCGGUAGAGUGUAAUAGAUAGCAAUGGCAGCCUGUGCGGAAGUACUGAAGCGGGAGUUUCCGACGAUUGAUGGGGAGCUGUUGACCUAUGUCAAAGACGUAUUGCAAAGCGGCGCGGAUGAGUUUGAGAAUGGCGAAGAGGUGUACGAAGCGAUUGGAGCCAUUCUUCAUGAAGUUUCGCAGGAAAAGAGUGAGGAUGACAUCAAACAGGUCUGUGAUAUUUUUCUUGAUUUGCUGAAACCCAGGAAUACUGAUUUGGGUGGUGACGGAGGGGGUGGAUUCAAGGGAUCGGCUAAAAUUCUCGGCGCACCGAUCCAUCUUAAGGAGAUUGCUGCAUCCCAAGAAGUGACCAGCGACGGAAUACAAAGUAUAUGGGUGGUACAACGGGAUGAUAGUCUAAAGGUUGAUUCCAAAAAGCUGGAAAAGGCGGAGGCCAAACGUCUUCAAAAGCUGGAGAAACGAGAGCAGACCAAAACGACUGCUCCUGCUGCACCAGUUCUGCAGAUGGCAACCGCUUCUCAGGUCAUUAGUAAAAAAGAUAACAAAAUGGAAGCAAAAGGAUCCAAUCGAUCGAUGGACAUUCGGAUCGAAAACUUUGAUGUCUCUUUUGGUGAUAAGGUUUUAUUGCAAAAUGCAGACCUGCUGUUGGCAUCCGGUCGCCGUUAUGGAUUCGUCGGGAGGAACGGUCUGGGAAAAACCACUCUUCUGAAGAUGAUUUCAAGUAAACAGCUUCAAAUUCCAAGUCACAUAACGAUUCUUCACGUGGAACAAGAAGUGGUUGGAGAUGAAACUCUGGCAAUUGACAGUGUCCUUGAAGUGGACACAGUUCGGCUGGAAUUGCUGCAAAAAGAACGCGACCUGAAUGCUCAAAUUAACGCAGGAUCGAACGAACCAGAGCUUAGCCAUGAGCUCUCCGAAGUUUACUCGCAGCUACUAUUGAUCGAAGCGGACAAAGCGCCAGCACGUGCCUCAAUAAUUCUGAACGGUCUAGGUUUUAGCAAGGAAAUGCAAGCUCGACCCACACGAACUUUUUCCGGUGGGUGGCGAAUGCGUCUGGCACUGGCUCGGGCUUUAUUCUCUAAGCCGGAUCUGCUACUGCUUGAUGAACCGACAAACAUGUUGGAUAUCAAAGCUAUCAUUUGGCUGGAGAACUAUUUGCAGACGUGGCCCACGACGCUGUUGGUGGUUUCUCACGACCGAAAUUUCCUCGAUACGGUUCCUACGGAUAUCCUGUAUUUGCACUCACAGCGUAUUGAAACGUACAAGGGAAAUUACGAACAGUUCGACAAAACGCGAACGGAGAAACACAAAGCCCAACGAAGAGAGUACGAGGCACAGUUGGCGCACCGGAAUCACGUGCAAGAAUUCAUCGAUCGAUUCCGUUACAAUGCUAACCGAGCGGCCAGUGUUCAAUCCAAGAUUAAAAUGCUGGAGAAAUUACCUGAACUGAAACCCGUGGAGAAGGAAAUCGAAGUUACCAUAAAAUUCCCGGAAGUUGAACCACUGAAUCCACCGGUGUUGCAAUUAAACGAAGUACAAUUCAAGUAUUCUGCUGAUAAGGUGAUAUUUACUUUGGUCAAUCUGAGUGCGAAUCUCGACUCGAGGAUUUGUAUUGUUGGUGAAAACGGUGCCGGUAAAACCACGCUGCUCAAAAUCGUCAUGGGCAUUCUGCAACCGACGGGUGGUUUAAUUCAUCCGCAUCGUGGCCUAAGGUUAGGAUAUUUUUCUCAGCACCACGUUGACCAGCUGGACAUGUCCGUGAGCUGUGUGGAACUUUUGCAGAACGCGUACCCUGGCAAGCCGAUCGAAGAAUAUCGACGACAGCUGGGCAGCUUCGGUGUGACGGGUGACUUGGCGCUGCAGGUGGUUGCUUCUCUUUCCGGAGGGCAGAAAUCUCGUGUUGCCUUAGCAAAAAUGUGCAUGGGAAGACCCAACUUUCUGGUACUAGAUGAACCGACUAAUCAUUUGGACAUUGAGACGAUUGAAGCGUUGGGGAAGGCCAUAAAUAAGUAUAAUGGCGGAGUGAUAUUGGUCUCUCACGACGAACGGCUGAUCCGGAUGAUCUGUAAGGAACUGUGGGUUUGCGGAGAUGGUACCGUGAAAAGUAUCGAAGGUGGAUUCGAUGAGUACAGGAAGAUUGUUGAACGAGAACUGGAAGCUGCUGCAGCGUAAGCUCCACCGAUCGCCGAAGGCGGUCGUGGUUUUAGUUGGAGUGGAGUCGGUAAUUAUUAAUAGUUACGCUUUAUACAAACAUGAUACUAUACAAGAAAGCAAAAAAUCAUCAAAGCCGUACAUAUUUAUUGUAAUAAUUAUUAUUAUCAUUAUUAUUGUUACCCAAUUGCAAUAGGAGGCACGUUUUGUGACUAUUUCGAAGAAAAAAGUAAACGCCUAUUGUUGAGAUAAACAUUCUUUUGUCUGGUUGGAACAAAACUAUAUCCAAGAAAAACUAGUAGUAGCGCUAAUGGCCGAAAUAAACCCAGCAUAACGAAAA